GCCCAGUCUACCACAACCCAAUUAUCCACAGCCCAAUUAGCCUUAGCCCCGUCAACCGCAGCCCAGUCAACACCAAUUACGACUAUGCCCCCAAAGAGUCGCCGAUCAUGGACGUGUCCCCCGGCAUCCCCUGCGUCAGGCCGGCAACUCGUCGGUUCCCACUAGACGAUAGCGAAGAUUACGACUCGAUGCACUCGGCCCCUGGAAUCGUGUAUUCAGUCUGGACUUCCUCGAACUAUCAAGAGGGUCCGGAAAACGAGGUCAGGUCAGCGGAUAGUUACGAAUCCUUUGCUACAUCCUCCUGGGGCGAGUGCAGCCCGCGUUCCAGCAAUUCCAGAGAAAAUGGACGGGCUGGAGAGGCCCGACAGGCUGGAGAACCAGAAGACUCUGAAGAGCCUGAAGACUCCCAUGAUAUCGGUCCUCUGUUUGCCGAGGACGAGGACUUCAGCUACCUCGACUUCGAGCCCUUGCCGUCGCCCCUAAUCCCCGUAACCGACAGGCCGAUGACCCUAUUCUCGAAUUUUCGGAGUGAUCCCCCGACCCCUCCUCGCCCUCUACCCUCCUACCUGAUCCCCCCCUCCCCUCCCUCGAAUUCUAGCUACAGGCCGGAGGAAAAGAAAAAGUGGAAGGGGAAAGGGAAGGAAACCCCUACGUUGGCUCCUGUUUAUUCCAACCGGGACGAAGAGCUUGAAGCCCACGACGGCGGCCCGGGCGACCCCUGGUCGAUCGGGCCCCCUCUCUCCCCUUGCGUGGAGGUCCGAUCGCAGCGAAAGGAGAACGGAAAGUGGAAGGGGAAAGAAAAAGAAGGCUCCAUCUUCCCUCCUCUUCCUGACGGCGAGGACGGGGAGAAGAACAACAGAGACGGCAUCAUCUGGAGUCCUCACGGAGGCAUCACCGCCCGCGAGGAAGCGCGAGUCAUGGAGACUUAUAGAAGGAGGGCCGCGUUUUCCUUCAUGCAAGUGACGGUGAUGUCCGAAGAAUCCGUGUUCCAGUCGCUCGAACCGGCACCUGGAGAAGAAGCUGGCCCAUCGGGGAUCGAUGAGUCGGCAAGAUUCCAAGGUUGCCCAGAAGCAGGAAGCGAGGACGAAGAAAAGGACGAGGGGCAAGACGAUGACGACAAAGAACAAUUCCGAGAUCUUAACGGGACGGUAAGAACAUGCAUUGAAGCUACAUCAUACAUAUGCGCUCCGGCCGCGCCCCAGACCAUACCUUCUGACUUUGGGUAGUGCCUGACACGACAGCCCGCACGGUUUGGCUGGCGGAAGGGAUAGGAGACUCACGAUCCAGUAGACGUUGAAGACAUCAAAUCCGGG